AUGCCCGCUGUGCAAUGCAUCGUCGCGUACCCGGCACGAAAGCCGAAUGGAGAAUUAGCCCGUUUCAACCUCGAGUACUACCUAACCAAACACAUGCCCAUGAUCGAUGAAUACUGGGGCCCAUGCGGGUUGAAGGCGUGGGACGUUUUCGAGUUUCCGCUCCAAAGUCCCCUAUCUGGCAAGGAUGUGGAAUAUAGCGUUUUGGCGACACUUGAGUUUGAUAGCCUGGAGGGUCUAAAGAACGCCCUGCAAUCGAAAGAGACCAGGGCGGACGUUGCGAUGUAUUGUGAUGUACAGCCCUGUAUAUGGGUUAGUGAGAAGGUUGGGUCGAAGUGCUUGUAG